AUGAAGUUCGUCGGCAAAGUUGCGCUGGCUGUGGAGGAGGGGCGCAAGCGCUUGGAAGUUGUGAGCGCAGCCGUGGCCAAGCGGGCCAAGGCGCUUGGUCAAGACCCUCUAUAUCCACCGGAAGACAAGGUUGUCAGCAAAGCUGCGGCGCAGCUAGCGGCGAAACUCGCGACGGCAGGUGAAGAGGGGGCGUCCCGGGGGGGAAGGUUUGCGGACAAAGAAACAGAGGGGAAAGGGAGCGGAGGGAAGAGGCUGAGUCCGUUGGACCUGGCAAAGCAGAAGAUCAGGAAGGAUAAAGAGGUCAUGUAUGUGGAAGGGGUGCUGGAAGCGGGGGAGAACGAGGGCAAGAGCGACUUUUUGAUUGUGGAGGAUCCGGCAUUGUGA